CUUGGUCUCUAUAUGCGUCCACCUAACCACCUCAAACAGAUUAAGAGAAGGAGGAAGAGGCUACAGAUGGACUUUGGAUUGGACUCCCGAGCUCAGGGCCCGGUAACAGUCGCUGGCCUGCCCCAGCCGACAGUCGACGUCGAAGCGGUCUGCCAGCCUCUGACCAUGAACAUGGUACCAGACAUCACCGUUUUACCUCAGCUUACAUCGCCAAUGCCAGACUUGCAAUCAGACCACGCGGAUCUCACUGUCGAAGGCUUCUUGCGCAGAUCAGCCCAGAAAACGUGUUCAAGUCAGAAGAAGAAAGCCAAGCUUACAAUAAUCCAGCUCGAUAAGAAGACUUCUGGGCCGAACCGGACCACAUACAAAGCCAAGAGAGGACGUAAAGUGAAGCUACCAGCGCGGACGAAGGCGAAGGUCGCUGUCCGCGGGACUAAGCCACGAAGGAAAACACGCCUGGCAGAGGCUUUAUCGCGAGCUGCCAUCUUGACUCAUGGAGAUCCAUCAGAGGCUAUACAAGACUCCAGCUCGCUCCGAAGAAACUGUCGCCCAUUAGCUUUCGUGACCAUGAACAAGUUCUGCAGUCCGCAACGGAGGGCAACAGAGGAUGACGAUACUAUCCUCGACCCGGAUUCCAAAAACGAAGAUGGCGGCCCACCAGCUAACACCUGUCGUGAGCCACGGAAAGGUGUACGUCUGUGCAGACCUCGCGUACAUAAAUCCAGUCGUUUGGAAAGGCCUCGCGAUGGACACCCGCCUUUAGUUUUGGUCCCCGUCAGAGAAGCCGAAGCUGCGUACUCCGCGUUGUUCUCGUAAGUGCGUUCACGCGUGUCGAGGGCAUGCGACAAAGCUCCGUUGCCAAAUACCAGGCAAAAAACUAAUAAGCCGAUAAAAUCAGCCGA